AUGAAACAAACCAGACUUAUAAUGAGGGAGCAACCGUCGCUGCUCUUAGCAGCCAUCAUAUUAAGUAAUUACUUAGCAUGGACGGCCACAAGGCACCACCAUCCACACAAUCUAUCGCGUCAUCGCAGUAGGCACAGGCGCCAAGGCGCCGGCCUGUACCUGCCCGCUUCAUACGUCCUGCCUGGAGGGGAUGGCACAGGCGCUUGGGGGGAAUGGGGCGAAGUUUCUCCGUGCUCCAGGACCUGUGGCGGCGGAGUUGCCAGUCAGAAACGAAUAUGUUUAGAAGUUAGUCCUGAUGGCCAACCGCUGUGCACAGGCGGCGACACAAAAUACUUCUCGUGUCAAACGCAAGACUGUCCAAUUGAUGCCGGCGACUUUCGGUCGCAGCAGUGCUCCGAAUACGACGAUAUCGCCUUUAGGGGUAUAAAAUACAAAUGGAUACCAUACACACACGCUUCAAACCCCUGCGAGCUGAACUGCAUGCCACAUGGCGAACGUUUCUAUUACCGACAGAAGGCGAAAGUUAUCGACGGCACGCGAUGCAAUGAUGAGUCCUUUGACGUCUGCGUCGAUGGAACCUGCCAGGCGGUGGGUUGCGACAUGAUGUUGGGGUCCAACGCUCGUGAGGACAAGUGCCGCGAGUGCCGAGGCAACGGCACCAACUGCCACACAGUGACUGGAAUUAUAGACACAAAAGAUUUACGGAAAGGCUAUAACGACGUGUUACUGAUACCACAAGGAGCCACCAGUAUUGCGAUUGCAGAAGUUCAAGCAUCCAACAAUUAUUUAGCGUUAAGAGCAAAGCAAGACAACGUAUACUAUUUGAACGGGGAAUACCACAUUGAUUUCCCACGCAGUCUUACAAUAGCUGGCACUCUGUGGCACUACGAGCGUAGUCAGCUGGGAUUCGCGGCUCCUGACAAACUUAGAUCGCUUGGACCUACAACAGAGCCAUUGUAUCUCUCGCUUCUCCUUCAAGACGAAAACGUGGGCAUCGAGUACGAAUACAGCAUCCCCUCGUCGAUGGCCCCGCCACCUAAUCAGCAGUACAAUUGGGUACACGAAGACUUCUCUCCGUGCAGCGCUACCUGUGGUGGAGGUUUCCAAACCCGCCAAGUGACUUGUCGUUCGCGAGAAGAACUGGAAAUAGUUGAAGACAGUCUCUGUGACGAGGGCUUGAAGCCGGCCAUCAAUCAAAGCUGCAAUACUGACCCUUGCCCAGCCCGCUGGGUGGAGGAACCCUGGAGUCCGUGCUCUAAACCUUGUGGUGAAGGUGGUACCAGAUCCAGACAAGUUUACUGCGAAAAGAUAAUAGCACAGGGAUUGCCGUCGAUGGUAGCCGACAAAGAAUGCUUUGAGUUACUUGGACCGAAACCGGAGCUAUAUCAGGAGUGCAAUCAAAAUGCCACUUGUCCCACUUGGUUUACUGGACCUUGGAAACCGUGCGACAAGCUUUGCGGCGAGGGCAAACAAACACGUCAAGUGGUCUGUCAUCAGAAAAUAGACGGGAAGGUAGAAGUGUUCGAAGAUGAGAGCUGCGAUGAUGAGAAACCACCAACGGAGCAGACAUGUAUGCUGCAUCCUUGUGAUGGCGUCGAUUGGGUCCUGUCUGAUUGGUAUGGGUGUGACACCUGCACUGCAACUGUUCAGACGCGUGUAGCCCACUGCGCGACCAAAGAUCAAAAAGUCGUUGACCCCAGUUUCUGUUCCUACCACCCGACCCCGGUUCUAGAGGAGCCUUGUGACCGCUCCAAGCUUCCCCCGUGUGAAGUUUUGUGGUACGCUACGCAGUGGAGUAAAUGUUCUGUGGAGUGUGGAAAAGGAAUCCAGAGCCGUCGGGUCUUCUGCGGUCUAUUCGACGGUGCGUCUGUGUAUAAAGUAGACGACGACCGUUGCGACAAGAACUUGAAGUACAAUGAAACCAAGCCUUGUGAGAUUUCCAGUGAAAAGUGUGCUGCCAAGUGGUAUGCGGGACCUUGGUCAGAGUGUACAAAAGAAUGCGGUGGAGGUGAACAGUACCGACGCGUGAUGUGCUUGAGCGGAGGUGUUGAAGUCGGAACCUGCCCCGAAGAGUCCAUACUCGAGAGGUUGCAGUCUUGUAAUACAGUACCAUGUGAUAAAAUUUCCACAAAGACCACUGUGUCAGCAACAGAAGAAGACUACGAUUAUGAAGAGUGCGAGGAAGAAGAAGAUUAUCCAGAAGUCGGCGCUGAAGAAUUGAUACCUCACUUCGGUAGUACGAUCGACGACAUGAUGCAGAGUGACAGUCCUAUCACUGAUGGUUCCGGCAUGGGAUCGACCUUAAUUAGUGAUACUGAAUCUGAAUUUACACUUGAAUCUGGAUCAGGAUCGGAGCCUACAAUAACGGACUUGUGGGACACGGAAGGGAGUGGUUCAACUGGCACUGAAUUUACUGAUGAAACAACUAAAUUUACUUCCAUUACUGAUACAACGGAAUCAAGUACAGACGAGGCUGAAAGCGAACUUACUGAAGAAUUCAUUACUAUUAAAAGUACAGAUAUAUUGUACACUGGAUCGUCUACGUCUGAGGAAACAAGUAGUGUCGAUUUAACAACGGAAUUCUCAUCAACGAUCUCGGAUAGCUCAACAAGCUCUUCAGAUAUGUCGUCUACAUCAGUACCCACAAGCAGCACGGAAACUGAAGUAACGGAAUCAGUAACCACAGAUGGAAGCAUUGUUUCAAGUACGAAUACUGCUAUUUCGGAAACAAGUAGUGAAGAAACAUCGACAAUUAGUAGCACUGAAAGUACUACGCUGGAAAUUGAAACAACCAACACUGAAGUAUCAGCGUCUAGUGAAGCAGGUUCAACACAAAGCAUAAUGACUGAAAGUACUGAAACGACCGAAACAAGUUCUGCAUUCACUGAAAGUGUUGAAACGGUGACUACAGAAACCAGUAGUACUGAAAUUACAGCGGAAAGUAGCCCAUCCAGUGGAACUGAAUCUACACUUGAGGAAACUGGAACGACAGAAAGCACAGAAUCAGUUUCAACCGAAUCAACCGAAACAUCUAUUUCUGGUUCUUCAGAAACAGAACCAAGUACGACCAUAGAACCAAGUACGACCAUAGAACUAAGUACUACCAUAGAACCAAGUACUACCAUAGAAUCAAGUACCACCAUAGAAUCAAGUACUACCAAAGAAUCAAGUACUACCAAAGAAUCAACUACUACCAUAGAAUCAAGUACUACCAUAGAACUAAGUACUACCGUAGAAUCAAGUACUACCUCGGAACCAAGUACUACCGAAGAAACAAGUACUUCACCAGAAUCAAGUGUAAGUUCAUCGGAAUCUGAAACUACGGAAACAACGGAAUCGGUCACUAUUAUUACAACAGAAGAAGGAAGAACCAUGACAACAGAAGAGGCUACAACUGAAACAACGGAACUUAGCAGCAGUGAAUCAAGUAUGACUACAGAAUCUGUAGAGACCACAGAGUCUGGAGCAAGUACAACUUCAGAAUCUACGGAGAAAGAGAGCACUGAUUCUAGUACGACUGAAGUAACCGAAAUAAGUUCAUUAUCUACAUCGGAAAGUACUGAAUCUGAAGUUACAGAAACAACUGAAACCGCUACCACUGAAGAAACCAUCAGUACCACGGAAUCUUCAUCAAGUACGGAACUUACGGAAGAAAGUACUACAUCUAGUGGAAGCACAAUAGAGAGUUCAGAAAGUACAACUGAUGGCAUGUCUACCACGGGAAGUUCAAGUUCAGAAGAGUCUACAUCUGGAAGUACCGAAAGUACAGUUGAAGGUUCAUCCACAACAGAAAUAGCUGAGUCAGAAGAGACAGGAACUGCUAGCGGUUCAACUCCUUGGGACUGGACGACAACAGUUGAAGUUUACACCAAGAAACCUCGUUGCAAGGCAAGAAGGAAGAUUGCGAAGUGUCUCAAAAGCAAAUUCGGAUGCUGUCCUGAUAAGAAGACCCCGGCUGCUGGACCAUUCGAUGAAGGUUGCCCCAACCCGAAGACAUGCAAGGAGUCCAAGUUCGGUUGCUGUCCAGACGGCGUUUCACCAGCAGGCGGUCUCAAAAAUAAAGAUUGUCCAAUUCCGCCCUGCCAAGAGACGCUCUACGGCUGCUGCCUCUCUGAUAACGUCACCGCUGCUGAGGGCAACGAACAAGAAGGCUGCCCACCAAUGCCACCGGCUUGCAAAUCCUCCAAAUAUGGAUGUUGCGCUGACGGAGAAACUGAAGCUAAAGGACCUGAAAAGAAAGGAUGUCCGGAAAAAGAACCCAAAACAGAGGAGACGGGCUGCGCCUUCUCCGAUUUCGGAUGUUGCGGUGAUAACCAGACCGCAGCGAUGGGACCGAACGAUGAAGGAUGUCCUUGCAACACUACCGAGUUCGGUUGCUGUCCUGAUGGCGUUUCAACAGCUCAGGGCACUCAAAUGGAGGGCUGCGUGAUGACGUGCAACUCAUCGACGUAUGGUUGCUGUCCGGACGGCGAGACACCCGCACACGGACCGGACUAUGAAGGUUGCUGCCUGAAGUAUCCCUUCGGCUGCUGUCCGGAUAACUACAAACCAGCUGAAGGACCACACCUUGAGGGUUGCGGCUGCCAGUACGCACACUUCGGCUGCUGUCCAGACAACAUCACGAUCGCACGUGGACCCGCCAACGAGGGUUGCGGUUGUCAGUACAGCGAAUUUGGAUGCUGCCCAGACCGGCACACUAACGCUAAAGGCUACGACUACGAAGGCUGUGAUUGCCACGCGUACCAGUUCGGCUGCUGCCCCGACGGUGUAACUAGGGCUACGGGGCCGAACUUGCAGGGCUGCCUCUGCCAACAGUCGGAGUUCGGUUGCUGCGGGGAUGGAGUCACAGAGGCCGCCGGUCCUGACCAGUUUGGCUGCGACUGCGGCUCUAGCAAAUACGGCUGCUGUCCUGACGGAAAAACCGAAGCCAAGGGCGAGAAGUUCCUUGGCUGUACCGACGCGCCGGAAAAUAGACAAGCGGCUUGCAGCCUUUCCACCGACCGUGGUCCAUGCCGCAACUACAGCGUGUACUGGUACUACGAUAUGGAAUAUGGCGGCUGCUCGCGGUUCUGGUACGGAGGCUGCGAGGGCAACGGAAACCGAUUCACCAGCAAGGAGGAGUGCGAGGAUGUGUGCGUCCAGCCGCCUCCUAAAGAUGCGUGCAAACUGCCCAAGGUGAAGGGCGCGUGCCUGGGCUACCACCUGCGCUGGUACUUCGACACGGAGCGCGAAGUGUGCGGCCAGUUCGUGUUCGGCGGCUGCCUCGGCAACGCGAACAACUUCGACAGUCGCGAACUCUGCCAGGCGCAGUGCGAGCCCGCCAGGAGUGAAGAUCAAUGCAAGCUACCUAUUGAGCAAGGGCCCUGUGCCGGAACCUUCGGCCGCUGGGGCUUCAAUCCGGAAAGCCGACGUUGCGAGCAAUUCAUAUGGGGCGGCUGCGAGGGCAACGCUAACAGGUUCAAUUCCGAGGCCGCCUGUAUGCAACGCUGCAAUCCACCAGGCAAACCGCAGGCUGAGUGUGUACUACCACAAGAGGCUGGCAACUGCACGGAUAAGCAUGCGAUGUGGUCGUUCAGCCAGACUGAGAACCGUUGUAUGCCCUUCUACUACACCGGCUGCGGCGGCAACAAGAAUAGAUUCGAUUCCGAGCAGAGUUGUAUGACUUCUUGCCCAAGCGCCUACGAGCAAGACAUGUGUACGCUACCAGCGGUGACUGGUGACUGCGCUGACUACAGGGAGAGGUGGUACUACGACACUACCGAAUUGAGAUGCCGACAGUUCUACUACGGCGGCUGCGGUGGCAAUGACAACAACUUCGUGACGCAGCAGGAGUGCGAGAGUCGAUGCGCCGCAAAGCCAGACACCACCACCACCGUUCAACCGGCCGCACCUGAAUCUUAUAGAUCUGACUUCUGCUUCUUGGAGCUUGAUCCCGGACCGUGCAAUCAAAUGGAGACCCGAUGGGGAUACGACUCUUCACUUGGCACUUGCACCUCGUUCGAGUACGGCGGCUGCGGCGGCAACAGGAACAAUUUCCCCAGCCAGGAGCAUUGCCAGUAUUACUGUGCAACAGCGCAAGACAUUUGUCAACUGCCGAUGCGGGCUGGCCCGUGUGACGAGUCGUUAAUGCGGUGGUUCUACGACCCUGUGACCGACAGCUGUAGCCAGUUCACGUACGGCGGCUGUGAAGGCAACGAUAAUCGUUUCGAGAGCUUGGAGGCUUGCGAGCAACGUUGCCGAACCGGAGAAGCUGAGCCCAAGACGUCCACGACCACAACCACCACAACAACUACAACCACUGCUCCGGUUGAAGCGAUACCACAAAACUGUCAAGUGUCGCCCAUUUUGGAGGAAUGCUCUGGAGCGAGUAUAGUGUGGUACCUGGACACUGAUCGGCACGAAUGCGUGGUGCACGAGAAUGCGGCCUCCGGGGUCUCGUGCAGGAACACUGGGGUAUUCAACUCGCAGGAGGCCUGCGAGAGGGGUUGCGGUGCCUUCCGUGGUAUCGAGGUUUGCCGGUACCCUGUGGACCCCGGUCCUUGCCGCUCGUUCCAACCGAAGUUCUACUUCGACGCGACCACAAGCAGCUGCCAGCAGUUCAUGUACGGAGGAUGCCACGGAGGACCUAACAGAUUCUCCACAUAUGAAGAGUGUGAAGAAGUGUGCAAACCGGAGUCGGACCCAUGCAAGCAGCGUCCAGAACCCGGCAACUGCCUGGCAUAUCUGCUGAUGUGGUACUACGAUGAAGAUCGCAACGAGUGCAACCAGUUCGUAUACGGCGGCUGCAACGGGAACGAUAACAGGUUUGACACACGUGCAGAAUGCGAGGUUCGGUGCAGAAAGCAGCCCAUACUCACAACAACCACCACUCCCAUCACUGACAGCACCACCACGAGCAGUAGUGCGGCUCCCACGACAACUGUCGCUUCAAUCACGACACAGGAGACGCCGAUUGAAGAACAAUGCCGCACUCCAGAGUCCUUCGAGCCGUGCGGUACCAAGGCUACAGUAUUCUAUUACGAUUCGUCGCGACGAGCGUGUCUAGCGGCCGACUUCGGCAACUGUCGUCAUCCAAAUUCUUACCGCACUGAGGAGGAGUGCGAGAGGCGAUGUGGAGCUUUCCGUGGACUUGAUGUGUGCGGUUCUCGACUCGACCCUGGUCCAUGCCAGGAGACUGGAAUAAUGAAAGUGUACUGGGACGCGGAAUCUGGCCGUUGUCUACCGUUCGCGUAUGGUGGCUGCCUCGGCGGACCCAACCGCUUCUCCACAGAGGACGAAUGUGAAGAAAUCUGCGGAGCCACUGGACCCGAGAGCAACGAGGUGGAGCCUGUGUGCGAGCGGGAGAGGGCUGCGUGCGCGGCGCUGCGCUGCGCGUAUGGCGUGCAGCGCACGCGCACGGCGGCCGGCUGCGAGCGCUGCACGUGCGUGCAGCUGGAGGUGGAUUGCGCGCCGCUGCGCACCGAGUGUGAGCGCCUCAAGUGCACCUACGGCCUCCUCAGGACCACCGGCGACGACGGCUGCGAAAGGUGCAAAUGCCUGGAUCACCCGUGUGCAAACAAAGUGUGCGCGGAGGGCGAGAGAUGCGUAGCGACCGCAUUCCGAGACCCAGUGCUGCAGGAGAUUAGCUACGUAGCUGGAUGUAACAUUGUGAACAAGACUGGCAGCUGCCCGUCUUUGGAGGAGCUGCGGCCGGUGGAGGGCUCGUGCCGGCGAGAGUGCAACGACGACGCGGACUGCCGCGGCGCGGGCAAGUGCUGCGAGCGCGGCUGCAGCCAGCUGUGCCUCGAGCCCAUAACCGCCACCGCCACAGCAGCCACCAGCCCCGCACCCAGGACCACCGUCUACGUGCCCGAACUACCACAAGCACCACAGGCGAACACAGAGACUGAACCAGAGGUGACUGCUGAAGAAGGAGGCAAGGCGACACUUCGCUGUCUCUUCCACGGCAACCCACCGCCCAAGAUCACCUGGCGGCACGGUGAGAUAACGAUCGACGGUGCGGUAGACCGCUACCGGCUGCUGUCGGACGGCGCGCUAGAGAUCGUGUCGCUGUACCGGAACGACUCUGGCGUCUACAUCUGCAUCGCUGACAACGGGCUCGGCACCGCGCGCCAGGAGAUACGGCUACUCGUCAAUGAUCCCGUUGAUAGUCCUGCGGGCAUCGCCGGUGAACCGGACGCUGUGAUCAUGGGCGAGCUGAACCACGUACUGAACCUCCGCUGCAUGGCCUAUGGUUUCCCGCAACCAUCAAUCUUCUGGCACCGUGGGCUGUACGGCCCCAUGGUACCCUACAGCAGUUCCCUUUACGAGGCCCGAGGAAAUGUACUCCAGAUACGAAGUCUUGAUCUUGACACUUUGGGAGACUACGCGUGUCAAGCGUACAAUGGCAUUGGAAAACCUGCAUCAUGGUCGGUCGUAGUGAAGGCAUACAGACCUGAAGGCGAAAAGUCCGAAAAUCCAUAUCUGAUAGACCGACACGAGACGGUGUUAAUAACGCCAAGGGAACCGGCUACCGAAGCGACGACCACGCCAGCUCCGGAAGUAGAAGUACCAGUGUAUACCGUGCCGGUGACGACGCGCAUCCUCGAGGUACAAACGACGUUAGCUGCGGGCGCGGAGUUGUUGCUGCCUUGUGAGGUGGACGGCUUCCCGGAGCCAGACGUCUACUGGACCAAGGAUGGAGUGCCUCUGUCCUCCAGCGAUCGAAUGCAGAUUACUGAAGCCCGUCUAACGAUCCCGUCAGUGAACAUCAACGACAGCGGCGUGUACGGCUGCCACGCUAGGAACCGCUUCAGCUCGCACUCGUCCACUGUGCAGAUCAACGUCGAAGGUCUGUACAUCCCGCCGAGGUGCACGGAUAACCCGUUCUUCGCGAACUGCCAUUUGAUAGUGCGAGGCAAAUUCUGCACACACAAGUACUACUCCAAGUUCUGUUGUAAAUCAUGCGCGGAAGCUGGUCUCCUGAACCCGCAGUUCCUGGAAAUGCAAGCCGAUGAGUCUUGGAAGAAAAAGAAGAAGUAG